CUAAAAUCUCCACAUUUCGAAAGUCUUCCACUCUUCCCAACCCCUAUUGCAGAGCUCCACCAUGAGUCUCCGGCACGCUACACUUGCAAUUUAGUUGAACUCUUGCUUUGGUGUGUGAAAAUGAUGGAACUUCCAAUGCCUUUGAUCAUGGAUAUACUGUCUAGACUUCCAGUUAAGGACCUUUUACGGUUUCGUUGUGUAUCAAAAACAUGGAAGUACUUAAUUGACGACUCUCAUUUCAUCAAGCUCCAUCUACAACACUCCUUGGAGAACACCACUAAUCUUGCCGUGGUUAUCAGAAGCUCCUAUCUUUAUUCGGUGGAAUUUCCUGCACUCGAUGAAGCCAUCAUAAUAGACCAUCCCUUGAAGUCUUAUGAUAUGGGAACCGAGGUUUUGGGUUCUUGCAAUGGACUGCUCUGUUUGUCAAAUGGGGAAAAGCAUGGAAUUAAUGGCACGGUUGUCUACAAUCCAGUAACCAGAAAGUCCAGGCAAGUGCCUGCUUCGAAGAUUAAAAUCCCAUAUGGCUAUGAACACUUGAUAUAUGGCUUUGGUUAUGACUUGGUUAACGAUGAUUGUAAGGUGGUUAGGGUUAUUCAAUAUUCUACUAAUCGUCCUGACUCUUAUGAUAGUGAAGUCAAGGUUUUUAGUCUGAAGGCGAGCUCUUGGAGAAAAGUUCAGGACUUCCCUCGAGAAUAUCUUCUUUGUUACAGAAGGAGAUGGGGGGUUUAUGUCAAUGGAUGUCUAAAUUGGAUGGCAACCUUGAAACCUGAUGAGUCCAAAUUGAUUGUGUCAUUUGAUUUAUGUUCUGAAGUUUAUAAGGCUGUGCUGCUGCCAAAAUAUUCAGCUGGUGAAGUCCAUUUGACUGUCGAAGUCUUGGGACAGUGCUUAUGUUUACUAAUCAAGUACCCCACCAUUCGGAGUGAGGUGUGGGUCAUGAAGGAGUAUGGUGUGGAGGAAUCUUGGAUCAAGUUGUUCACAGUUGCACAACCAGAUAUGAUUGGAUCUUUUGAAUAUGUGAGGCCUAUUGUCUACUCCAAGGAUGGUUCUAGGGUACUCCUUGAACAAGAUCGUCGAAAGCUUAUUUGGUUUGAUUUGCAAAGUCAGACAGCAGAGAGUGUAGAGAUCAGUGGUAAUUUCUAUCCUUUUGCAGCAACAGUGCUAGUGGAAAGUCUUGUUCUAGGUAGUCGUAAGACACACAAGAAAAAUAAACGUAAGGAGCCAGAGCCACUAGGAAAUGUCAACAUUGCUGCACUGCCAAAUUCAUCUGAAACAAAGGCCAUUUCUGGUAAUCAUAGCCAAAUCCGUGAACAAAGAAAUCAAAUGCACGGGUUUUGGAAGCUCUGGUAUUAACCGCAUUGGAAGAUGAUGGGUGAUAAAUGAAGCUGUUUUGGACAAUCAGACAGAUAUGCUGCAUUGCUGCUGCAGGUUGCUGUUUCCAUUUUCUUUUUCUUUUGACUAUUGUAAAAUAUGAUUAGCCACAAUGCUGACAAUUGCCAUUAAGCAGCUUGUCACGAUUCAUAGUGAUGUUGAUCUUUGUACGGGAUCAUAUCCAGAGAGGACAGAACAUCAAUGACAGAGCAAACCCUGACACCCAGGGCACACCCAAGUCAAAGAAAGACUCUAAACCCCAAGCCAAGCAUAUGCAGCCCAGGCAGAUCAAACCUCCCCAGAUCACGUGUAAAGACACAGAGCAGAGCUAGGCAAAGCUGCAUCAGUCCAAGAAGGGACCUGCAGGCUAGACAACGACAAGGAAUAAAGUACAUCGCCGUCAUACACGUGGCGGCAUCUAAGUAGGCCAAAGUACAGAAUAGUACGCCUAUAAAUAGCACCCACAUCAUUCAUGAUGGGACACAUUCUUACACACGGUACUUGCUCCACCUUCUCUCUAUAUUCCCUCUCUAAAGAUUUCUUAUCCAUUUGCUGACUUAGGCAUCGGAGGGGGUUUCCUCGGUUAAACCCCCGAGGUUAGCUCACGUUUGCUCUGCUUGACAGGGCCAAGGCACUUCGGAACGUCCUCCCAGUUCCACACUCGGAACAAAUGGCGCUAGAAGGAGGGGACUUCCCAGACCUUGCCUCUAAAAGACCUACCCUCUCACAAAAUGACUGAGUCAAGCGAACCGAUAAUC